AUGAACCACAAGAAAUCCACCGAAAAGACCCGAAAGGUCACCCCGCCAUCGCCGACGUACAUGGACAAUGGGCAAUUUGCUGCCUAUCUUGCCGACCUUCGAAACAAUCGUAUUGCUCGCCCGGGCGGCGCAAGGCCCUUGCCGCCCACGAGCGUUCGAAGCCGUGAAGAGCGGUCCACCAGCAAAGAUGAUGCCAUUACCAUAGGAACUUCGCCUGCAAGCGUGCCAGAAUUACUGAGUAGUGCCGGGGCGACUCCCAACACCAAAUGUAAUACUUCCACCAGUGUGCCGUCCCGUCUCUUGAAGGCAAGCAUGAAAGCCCGCGAUUAUCAGCCUACUCAGCCCAAAUCACUCAACGGACCUUCCGAUCUGUUGCCUAGUGUCAAGUACAUAGAAAGAGGUCAGAGGUGGAUGGAGAAAGAAGAAGCAGGCUCUCUUCGCCAUGCAAUGGAUGACAUGAAGCUUGCCGACAGUCAGAGCACACAUGAUGACAGCGACGAGCGGAAAUUGUACGAUGCAGCACAGGAAGAAGCCUCAGAGCUAGUGUGGCAGCAUCGUCAUGGAGUCGAACCUCAACCUAAUGCGCCAUACCGCUACAAGCCCCACAUGAGGAAGAACAGCUAUCAGCACGCUCGCACGGCAAGCUUCGGAAGGAGAACUGGGGGUAACGCUGUGACGUCUCUGGCGGGCGAAGCGACCUCGUCCAACAGGUCCUCGAUUGACACCAACGCGCAUUCUCGCAGAAGCCGAUUCUCUUUGGGAUACUCACAUGUACCAUCUGCCGACGGAGCGUAUAAUGCGUUUACGGAGACUCUGGUGCACGAGCCUCGUAUGCAACAAGCAGCACCGCCAACACCCCUUCCACCGGGGAGCCGCCGGGCUAACACCAAGAGGAAUAUCAGUGGUGAGAUUGAUCGUCCGUUCUCCGGGGACCAGAUCUGGGAAGAACCUGAAGGUACAUUGCCUUACAACAACGCCCAUGUCCCGCAAAUGGGUGUAGAUGCCCCCUUCACAGCCGCCUCAGAGAAAUCCUGCAAUCAAGGUCACUUCACUGCGACUUCGCCUGCUAGAGGAGUCGGUGCGCAGAAGGCAAGGGUCUCGAUCAACAUUCAUCGCGAGCCCCCUAGCCAGUCACGAAACCCUCAGUAUACAACCAAUAUUUCCCACGUCAUUCUUCGGGAAGACCAAGAAACGUGUAGGGAUAGUGGGGUCGAAAGAAGAAGCAAUGAUAUUCGAGAAGCGACCAGCAUGAGGUUGAAGGACCGCAGUGCCAAGUUGCCCACUCCUUCCGCCGUCAGCGACAAUCCAGGACGUCCUAUCGUAAGCUUCGACACAGACUGGAAAGCUCCAGAGGACACGGUUGAUAAGAAGCCAGGGUCAGCUAUCAGCAGCUCGUCCCCAUGGAGAGAACAAUCAGGUCACAUAUCACCUACUACCCCCCUGAUCGUGAUACCAGACCAGGAUGACAUGGAUUCGGAAGCGUCCCGAUGUCCACCGGCGCCUUCCAUCAUCGUCCAGGGUGCAUGCGAAAUACCCAACGACAUGCCAGGCAUCCCAUCAAUCGUAACGCCCGAGGAUAACCAUCAUGGAACAAGAUCGUCGACACGUCCUCUUCCAACACCGCAGGCACGAGGGGGCAAAAACGCAGCCGGCACACAGCCUAGAGGCCACUGGUCGCCAGCUCCCGGCUGGAAGCUCUCGAAAUCAGUCCUGAACCCGAGUUGCAUCGUACCAAUCGCCUGA